GUCAUCUUUGGCCGCGCCAUUAAAACCGAGUACCUCACGUUAGGCACACUCUUCGCGACCGGUGGUGCCGUGUAUGCAUCGCUUGGUGGAAAGAAGGAUUCUGCAUCUUCAAGCAAACCUCUUGCAGAGCGCGUGAAAGAGGCUGUACCCAUAAAUGCUGGAUCCAGUGAAGAGGAACAAUUGAUGAACAGCAUCAAGAACUUUAUUGCAGAAGCCGAGAAGGAGGGCGGGGUAGCGCAUCAUUGA